CCGGGGAUUAGUUGACCCCCGCAUUCUCGCCCCGGAGGGUAUGAGGUCACGAGUCACGCGCACGAGGGUGUUAAACCGACACGCCUCUGGCUCGCUCCUCCAAGCUUCUCACUCUUUCCCCUUAACUCUAUCUCAUCUUCCUACCCAAAUUGACUCCAGAACCAGCAGUAAGCCCACGAUCCUGGCCACCUUGAUUUUGACUAAUAGCACAGUGACCCGUUCCCACAAACUCAAUGAUCGCGACCACCCUACUGAUGGCAUGAUGGCCCCUCGUGAAAACCUUCCUCGCUAUUUUGCCAAGUCCGGUCCAACUGACGCGGAUCCCCGCAAGACAAAGAAAGACGGAGGCGGCAAGGGCAAUUGGGGUCGCUCCGGAGACGAAGUGCAGGAUUAUGGUUAUACUAUGAACAAUGCUCGACGUCGUUCCAACAGCAGCACGCAAGGACUGGCUGACUUCAGAACCAAAUUUGAGACGGUCGAUCCUGAGCCGGUCUUUGAGGAGCAGCUCCACGGGUCUGCCGUUGUGACUGCGGCUGAUGAAAGUGCCGUGACUAAAGUCGAGAGUACCAGUAGCAAUGAUAGCGAGAAUGACCAGGCAGGGAUGAAGUAUUGAAGGAUUUGACAUUAGGUGCGAACCGGGUGCUGCGAUCAUCCGGCUUCUUCAGAUAUGCUACCGCCUCGAGAAAUAUGAAACCGAUACUGAACAAUAUGGGGUUUAUUCCACGCGUAUUCCUUAUGAAGCAUUCCAGUAUUUCGUAGAGCAUAGGUAGGUUUCGUUUGUCGGUGGAAGGGAACCGCUAGGCUGGGAGACUAGUUUCCAGGAAGGAGCCGUUACAUACACAGAAACAAAGUCAACGAACGAAUUGCCCGACGAAUCCUUUGGUUUCCCCUAGAGAGCUUUGGCCGCUUAUCAUCAUCUCAAUCAUCUGACGCCGUCUAGUAUUGCCAUCUAGAGUUGACCCAUCCGAAAAUUCACACAAAGGUUGUUGCAAGGUCAAUGAACACAUUGAUAUUGCUCCCCCCACCGUCCCAAAAAAAUGGAUGCAUAAUGCACAUCCAUGAAGAUAGUGACCAACUCCAGUUUCGAUCCAUAUUACAAGUCAUUCAUCGCUGCAAAAUAUCUGAAUAGCGACCCGUGCAGCACAGACUCUAGCACUCAAACCCACGUCAACCGCGCCUUGGAGUCGGUGGAUGGGGAGGAUUCGGCUUGUGCGCCAUUGCCAUCUGUGAUCGCAUCCGGAGCCGAUUCAGACUUGAUGGAGGCAACGAGGUUUUGAAACCAAAAGUCAAGUUUGCCAGUUUCGAUGAACUGACGCAGCAGGUCGUCUUCCCGCUUCAGGUCAGAAAUCACCCGCGCUUGUUGCUCGGCACGAAAGCGUGACACAAGGAUUUCGAGUUCAGAACCAGCCAUCAGCGCAUCUGUCGGAGCAAGAGGCACGACAAGAGACUGGAGACUAGGUCUGCAAGGGGCUGAAGAAGAUCUUUAGAAGGGGGUAAAAGUUAGCGUGCUCAGAAAAACUCACCAGAGAGACAGAGAGACAGGGUACGAUAUAGAGCAGUGUCGCGUGCAGACUCGUCCGACGUCCCAUUGGAACCCUCCGCGGCCUUUCCCCGAGCUUCCCAGUCAUCUUUGAUUAAGCAACGUCGCCAAAUUAACUUUCGCAAUGCUGACAUGUAUGAUGUAUCCCGCUCGCCGUAGCGACUGUGAUCGAGGACUCGAAGCGCUAGGAAAAAUUCCCGCCCCCCAAAAUCACCUUCAAUGUCAUCAUUGUGGUGGAGCGGACCCAUAAGCGUGAGUAAAUCGAUCAAAGUAUCAACACCGACCACGUGUCUGUUGAACAGGGUGAAUAACGCAUCAUCCAAAAUUUUGUAGAGCGAAGGACGAUCUGCUGCGAGAUGUUCACCAAAAUAACCCAGUGCCAAGUCAACUGCAGCCCUCCGAUCGAUCGCAUCUUCACAGAAUGACUUCAUAUAGUUAUGAAGAGAAUCCUGAAUUUCAUCGAUCUCAUUGUAAUCAUCCAGCCGUUUGAUAUCUUCCUGUAAGGACGAAGGACGGUUUCGCGGCUGCUUUUUCUCGCUCGAGGCUAGGUUGCUCAGCUUUGCCAACGAUAAUUGCACUCGAUGACUCCACAAUUCUUCUUCACCACCAAGCGCCAGACCUUCCAGACAUACAGCAGCAGUUUCAUAGUCCUCUUCGCCUGUUACGUCGUUGAUCCAGCUCAAUUUGGAAUAGUUGGGUGUUUUCCGGAGAAACCGAGUAACGGACGCUUGAUACUUGCGCAUGGAGAGCAAGGCGCCUGGAUGGCCCAUUGAAAUCUGGCGUGAGAAGUAUGCAUCCGCCCACGGCUCGCCGAAUCUUUCAAAAUAUUGAGAAACUCGAUGCGCGACAUCAGCUUCGCUUGCCGCCAUGGCAGGAGCAUCCACCAACGAUUCUGGGCCUGGCUGGGAUUUCACUUGGUCCUGGAGUUCAAUGAUAAGUUCGACGAGAGCCCCCAUAUCCUGGAAGCGCUCCGCUAGGCUCAAAGCAUCCCGAAGAUGGCCGAUGCCCGCUAAUUUGAACAGUUGCCAUUUGCGUUCCUUCACGUGAGACUGUUCAAUCGCAGCACAUUCGUCUGCUAGCUUGGAAUCGUCUUGUGCACUUAACCAGCGUGUUCGUUCACGGUGCAUCUGGCCGAGGACCCGGAGAUGGCGGGCACUGUUUUCGGCAAUUUUCUUCAAGACCUGGCCAUCGGGUGCGUCUGAACUAGAGGUCUUUUGUUGGAUCCAUGCCCGACAACUGUCCAGCUCCCAGUCAAGUAAAUGGCCUGCCUCGGUGUAUCCAACCGCGCGAGAGGUCCAGAAUUCAGGAAGACUUUCGUACCCAUCAGCCAGAACGCCAUCCUCCACGAAAUCACUGCCCAGUCCGUACACGGAUGCGUGCUCGUCACGAUAUCGAUAAGCUGUUUCGAUGAUAGCUAGGAAAAGCUCGCUUGCCUCCAAAAUCUGCUCGGACAGCUUCCGUGCCUGCUUCGAGGAAUUUCCCUUCCGAGGUUUGAUGGCAUUCUUGAUCCAGGGAAUCACAUGUUCCAUGUGAUGCGUGUCCUUCAUGAACCACAGACGCACUGGAUCAGCGUCCCCAUGCGAGGGGCCAGGGAGCGUCUUGAAUUUGUCGUUCAUAGAUUCGAUGACAUUGCCCAGGAAAACGUCUUCGCCUUUGCUUCUACGUUCCUCUUCUAGCUUCCACAUAGCUCGUUGCGCAGCGAGUUUUUCUGCUCCCCACAGCAGUUCCCACCUUGCUGGGCGGCUUAGCGGGUUUCCCUUGCGCAACAACAAGGUCGCAAGAUCCCCAAGGGCUUUAGCCCUCAGCCUCAGGUUCUGGUCUAUGGAUAUGGCAGAGGUAGGAACGAAGCGGGAAUCCGACCGAAGAAGCUCCUUACAGAUUUCCAGAGACGCUUGCUCGAUUUCAGACGCCGGGAAAUCGAGGUCACUAUCCCCAAGCAAGUUCAAGGGAUUCUGUGCCAUGGUUCCGAAGAAAAUUGCCUGCUCGAGCUUGUGUUUCGCAGUGACUUGGCCCUCAUCCGCAUCGAGCGCCGACGGGAACUGAGGGAUCACGUUCACUCGCACGACGCCGAAAUUUCGGACCAUCAUCACGCAUGAUGUGCCGCUCUCAUCAUCGAACUGGCCCUCAGAACUAUAUCCCAAAAUUUCAUAGUCUUUGCCUGACCGAAGAUGGAUGAUAUCUUGGAAAGACAGAGGCGUUUUGUGAGCGUCCAAAAGGAGUUGGGAAGUCGGGGUCUCCUCGUGGCUCUUAAGAGACAGAACAACCAGAGAUUGCCCAAUAAGGAUAAAGGCAGUACUCUCCCCCUUUGAAACCAGUAUUUUGGGCUUCAAGUCGUUCCGCAUGGCGGGGAUGGUAUGGAUAUCCACUGCAUGAGUAGAUAGGAUACGUGUGCCAGUUCCCGAUAAGAGGACCUGAACGACGAAGAGUGUUCUGGACUCCAGCAGCUGUGGGGUGCUGACAACCAUAAAAAGCCGCCAGGACUCCUCAGAUACUUGGGAGUCAUCUUCAUUCUCCAAAGGGAGCUGCUCGGAAAAUGCGAAAUCCAGAACUUUCAGGUCGGCCUCCCCAACUGACUUAACGGAGUCAUGAAGAAUGGAUGCUGCAAUGUCCCCUCUGACAUCGAACUUCUUCUUCAGCGCAUUUCCGUGAUUCCAAUGCGUAUCCCAAAUUUCCACUUGACCAGUGGAAGUGGCAACUAUCACGUCUCGCUGACCUCGCUGGCGUGAUCCACCUGCUUGAACUGCAGUAACUUCUUUCCUCCAAGAACCGCCACCUAGAACACUUUUGAUCCCACCUAGGAAUCCUCCGGCCCCACCACUGAUCGACGUGCUAAGGAAAUUCACCAGCACCGAGGGCUUUCCUUGAGGAUCUCUUAGAGUGACAUGUGCCACUCGCCCGGAGGAAAAGACGAUGAUGGUCCCCGAGGGCUCACAAUUUAUGAUCUCUGUGGCGUAUUCGCCGGACAGGAGACCGGGAGUCGAUCCUUGAAUACCAUUCUGUUUUUGCCGGGACAAUCCUAGUGAUGCUGCGCUCGAAACUGUCUCCCAGUAAAUGAUUUUUCCUGUGGAAGGGAUGAUAAUGAGAAGGCCAGGAUGGCUCCCUGUGGCAGUGGACAGCAGGACGCCGAGCGGAACUGCACCAUGUGUGUCCCUACAUGUCUCAGGAAUUGAGACUGCGAAAGUGUGCGAGGCUGAUGGAGUCGACAUGGUCACCGAAUAUGGCCAUAUGAUUGCGUGCGAGGGUGUUAAGGCGAGUGCGUACUGAUGAUUCGGUGCAAAAAAACAUCGAAGGGAGUCU